AUGCCAUUUCGUGUUCCACCGUUCGCCCCCCGGGAUGACACCAAGCCCAAAGUCGAGUAUUACCAUCGCUACGAUUGUCCCCCCUCCAAGUUCCGGGGCCCCUUCGAUCGCGACCAUCAAAAACGACUGGCUGCCUGGUCCUUCGAUGGUGCCAUGGUAACCCGCACCCGUUCGCUCGACAACCCCCUCUCGCCCUGCGCCACCUGCGAGCAAGGUUCCGACAGUGACACCGGCGAGGUCUCCCCCGAUGAUGACGGUGUCGACGUCGAUCCAGGUACGAGUUCCUUUGCUCGCAACUCGCGCCGAUCGUAUAAUUCCCGUCCUAACGCCCGUGCCUCGCUAGCCCCUCCGCGCCCCUUCACGGCCGAGUUCUCGCCUCACAUCGACUCGGGCUCCCAGUCCUCCACGGUCGUUGACCCUGACAGUUACACUGCCUCCAUGAAGACGCUCCUCCCAGACCCCUACGAAUUCCCGGCGAACCCGAUCGCCCAGCUCAAGGAGUCUAUCCGAUAUGCCUCGCCAGACGUGCGCCGUGGUGCCGUCUCCCCCGCCGUCUCUCCCUGUGUUAUGUCCCCGCGGGGCAAGGGCGUCCCGUUCUCGCCGGAGGAUCUGACGCGUGCCUUGAAUGCCGUGCAACUCCACGCGUGA